GCUUCCUAAUCUAAUUGUGCAAUUAUUACUUUCACAUUAUAUAUUAUGUAGACACCAAUCUCCGGAUGUCCUAUACCGGUGUCCUUAAUUGAUGCUGGGGCUGAAGAAGAAGAUGAUGAUGAUGCCUUGUUAAGGGUUUUAUUUUGGGCUUAUCAGGCUGUGCAUCGGAUAAACGACUUUGGGAGUUUUCAGCCCCAGGCACACACAGAUCAAAAGCCGUUUCCCAAGCCGUAGAAACGCACUGAGAUUAAGGGAGAGAGAGGAUCGAGAGAGCUGAAGCUCAUCUCCCAUCUGAUAAUACUGCUGCCCCGGGUCGGGAUGCAGAAGAGAAACCGAGGCUACAAAUCACAGGAUGUGUGAAUAAACGCCAGCCAUUUAAAGUACGUAAACACUGGAGGAUUACGGCAAAGAAUACCACCUCAGACCUGUUAAGGAAUCAUAAAGGAGGAGAACAGCGUUAUUGAGGAAAGAAAGGCCUCAUGGGACACUAUGCAGGGUUAUAAUGGUUUUUCAUGCAUGUGUGUCACCACGACCUGGAGUUUUCAACCCACAGAUCACACGCAGUUGCGAUGAUGGCCACACACUUGGCUUUUUUCCGUAUGAACCUCUGAAGAACCAUCCUGCCACGUUACCAUGUGCAUAUCCACAAGAUUCAUGUGAUCCAUUUGGGCAAGUUCGUCUCUUACUAAAGUGUGAGCAAAUAUCAACCCGGAGAGGAGAAUGAGCUCUCAUUUAGGGCACAAGACAUCAAGAGCUCUAUUUUAUAUUUUGUACUCGUAAUUACGGUCUUUUCUUAGACGGACUGCUCCAGGGGGAAUCCAGACUCCCGUUGAGAUCGUAGAAAGAAAUUCAUAUUUUUAAUUUCUUCCCUUUUUGCUUGACUGUAUUCCUCCCACCAAAACUUCUUCCUUUUUUUUCUUGGUUUCUGUAGUUUGACGUCAUGCUCACAUGCACUUAUCCGCUGUGAUGUUUUGAGAUAUGAAUAAGCACUGUAUGAAUGCCUGAACUCAAAUCGCUGCUUCCUUUAAGGCUCUUUUCAGUGUAACACGGGGCUUACCAGAGAUUUGCACUAAAAGAGCUUUGCUGUCACUUGAUUUGUUUCCUUUUAUUGACCGAAUCUUGUUACAUUAAAGCCAUAUGAACAUUUUUUUUGAUUAAAAUAGAGCUAUUUUUAUAUUUACAGUAGAUCAUUAUAUCGCUUUUGUGUGUAAAUGAAUUUAGUCUAUUUUUUAUCGAUCAGCACAUGCAGUCAGAUAAAAAACAGAAUUCAUCUGCACUAUUUUACAUGCAUUUAAGAGAGAAGUGUACCAUUUCACAUUGAUUUAGUGCACUAAGGACAAACUUUAACAAUGGUUUAGCAGAGAAGUGCAUUAUAUCAUGUGGAUUUAAGAAAGAAAUGCACUAUUUUGCAUUGAUUUGGUAGAGAAGUGACCUAUUUUAUGUUCAUUUUGGGGAGUAGUGAGCUGUUUUCUGUGGAUUUAAAAAACAAGCGCACUAUUUUAGCUUGAUUUAGGACGAAAAUGCUCACAAUUUAGGAGGAAAGUGCACUGUUUUUAGUGGAUUUCAGAAAGAAGUGCACUAUUUUGCAUUGGAUUAGAAGAGAAGUGCACCGUUAUGCAAUUGUUUUGGAGAGAAAUGCACCCUUUUGCAUUGGUUUAGGAGAAAAUUGGACUAUUUUGCAUUGGUUUAGGAGAGAAGUUCACCUUUUUGCAUUGAUUUAUCAGAGAAAAGCGCUCUCUCACAAUGGUUUAGGAGAAAAGUGCGUUGCAUAUAGUGGAUUUAAGAAAUAAGUGCACCAUUUUGCAUUGGUUUAGGAAAGAAGUGCACCAUUUUGCGUUGGUUUAGGAGAAAGGUGCACUAUUUUUGGUUGAUUGAGGACAGAAAUAUACUAUCUCACAACAAUUUAGAAGAAAAGUGUAUUGUUUUCAGUGGAUUUAAGAAAGAAGUGCAACAUUUUGCGUUGGUUUAGUAGGGAAGUACACCAUUCUGCAUUGAUUUAGAAGAGAAAUGUGCUCUCUCACAAAGAUUGUGGUUAAAAGUGCAUUGGAUUUAGUGGCUAUAAGAAAGAAGUGCAUUAUUUUGCAUUGGUUUAGAAGAGAUGUGCAUUGUUUUUAGUGGAUUUAAGAAAAAAAUGCACAAUUUUGCAUUGAUCUAGGUGAGAAGUGCACUAUUUUGCAUUGGUUUAGCAAAGAACUGCACCAUUUUGCAUUGAUUUAGAGGAGAAAUACACUAUUUUGCAGCAUUGGUUCAGGAGAGACUAUUUUAUGUUGAUUUAGGACAAAAAUUUGCUAAUUCACAAUGAUUUAGGAGAGAAGUGCUUGGUAUUUAGUCAAUAAAAGAAAGAACUGCACCAUUUUGCAUUGAUUUAGAAAAGAAGUGCCCCAUUUUGCAUUGAUUUUAAGAGAGAAGUGCAUUGUAUUUAGUGGAUUUUAGAAAAGAAGUGCACUACUUUGCAGUGAUUUAGUAGAGAAGUGCACUAUUUUACGUUGAUUUCAGAGAGAAGUGUACCUUGAUUUGUGAGAUCGUAGUUGUUUUAAUGGCCAUGGCUGCAGAUCAUCUUCACUCAGGCAGGAGGCGAGUGUCCUCCUCUUUCUGACGCCUCCCCCUGUUCUUCUGUAUUUUGGAUCUCUCCAAAUGCCUGUGGGUUUGAGUGUGGGCGGGGCUCUCGGAGACCCCUCCCCAUCCCGCCCCUUCCGCCCCAGUCGAUAUGUGCCUGUGUCUGCAGCCACCGCUUUCCUUGUGGGAGCCACGACACUGUUCCUGUGUUUUACGUGUCCUUGGCUGUCGGAAAAGUUUUCCUCCUUCAUUCCGCUCUAUAAUGUUGUGGUCUUCCUCUUCACUUUGGCCAAUUUCUGUAUGGCCACGUUCAUGGACCCAGGCGUCUUCCCUAGGGCUGAGGAAGAUGAGGAUAAAGAGGAUGAUUUCCGUGCGCCGCUCUAUAAGACAGUGGAGGUGAGGGGUAUUCAGGUGCGGAUGAAGUGGUGCUCCACCUGCCGCUUUUACAGACCGCCGCGCUGUUCACACUGCUCUGUGUGUGACAACUGUGUAGAGGAGUUUGACCAUCACUGCCCAUGGGUCAACAACUGCAUUGGGAGGAGGAACUAUCGUUACUUCUUUCUGUUCCUGCUCUCGCUCACUGUUCACAUUAUGGAUGUGUUUGGAUUCAGCCUGCUUUACAUCCUCCAUCACACUAAACAGCUGGACCUGGUCCAAUCUGGAGUCACCAUGGCAGUGAUGUGUGUAGCCGGUUUGUUUUUCGUCCCAGUUGCAGGACUCACAGGUUUCCAUGUCGUUCUCGUAGCCAGAGGGAGAACGACCAAUGAACAGGUGACUGGGAAGUUCAGAGGUGGCGUUAACCCGUUCACACACGGAUGUUUCAAAAAUAUCGCACACGUGCUGUGCAGUUCACAGGCUCCCAGGUAUCUUGGUCGAUUGCGAAAGCCUCAGUCUGUUCAGGUCCAGCCACCAUUUCUGCGACCGCCUUUAUCUGAAGCUCAACUAGCAGCUAAAGUCCUGGAUAACGGCAUCCAGCAGUCUAAAAGUAGUCUGGAGAUAAUGGAGAGUCAGUCCACUGAUGCUGAUCCUCCUCCACCACCCAAACCAGAGCACAGAUACCCUGGGCUGCCUCACACACAAAAUGAAGAGUGCAGCUUGCUGACUGAAGCUCCGCCCACACCUUCAUUGUAUAAAUACAGGCCGGCCUACAGCAGCCCAGGAAAGAACCACACGGCCUCAACACAUUCCAGCAAGAUGAGUCGAGGGAACAGUAUGACCGAGUCUCCCUCUGUUCCCGUCACCACCGGCCAGCCCAGCUACCGCUCGGACCCCAGUCUGUCCAGCCGAGGGGCCGCGGGGUGCCGUGGGGGAGCGGAGGGGGGUAGAUCAGGCUCGGGGGGGCUGGGCGGGGCCUCUGCGUUUGGUGGGCGGUCUUACCCUUCCUUUACAGACACCCUCCUCCAGUCAGCAGCAGCCUCUUGCUCCUCAAGCCUUCGCUCCGCCCACACAGCCCACAAUGCACUAGGGCCACUCAUCUCUGAGGGCACGACCUCCACUAGCUAUAAAAGUUUAGCCAAUCAGACGCGCAACGGCAGUCUGUCUUAUGAGAGUCUGCUGACGCCAUCUGAAAGCCCGGAGUUUGAGUCUGCUGCUCACGAACUGUCCCCGCCCAGACCACACCCUCCGCACUCUCUUAGCACAGCAGCGGGGGCGGCGCCUAUUUUGGGGUACACGUCCCCUUUUCUGUCUGCUCAGCAGAGGGAGGGAUCUCUCCAGGCCUGCCCUGCUCCCCUAAGACCCUCCCCCAACAGAGCUUUCCUGCGUCCAAUCAGCUCGCCCCCUUCUCGGGCUCCGCCCCUUUCUCCUCGAGCACGCUCAUUGGGCUCUCCUCCUCCUGGCCCCGCCCCUGGCCAUACACCGCUGGGCAAAUCAAUGUCCUACGGAGGUGGGGCUGAAUUACAGCACCGCCCCUCUAGCUCAGGGGGCGGGACUUCAAUGCCCAACUCGACUAUUAAACAAAACGUGGCCAAUCAUAACACCCACUCACACAAACCCGCCAGAGGGGUGAAGAAAGUGAGCGGUGUCGGAGGAACCACCUAUGAGAUUUCAGUAUGAACGGUUAUUGAGUCUCCGAUCGGAUGGAUGUAAAGCUGCUCAACCACACAUGCAAAAAAGCAUACAAGACUGCAAAACAAAGACAAAAGUCAAACUUCAGUCACUGUGGAGGACGCACACCAAAAAAACAAACAAAAACACGUGGACCAGUGAAGACGAGUCUUGCAGUUUUGUUUUCCGAAUAUCAAUAUAUGGUACACAAAGAACUUUUUCUUAUUUAAGAGUCAUUUGGUACUUCAAUGCAUUGAUUUGUACGUCUGUCCAAUGAUCACUGGACAUUCAGCCUUUCUAGGCGGGACCACUUGAAACCCGAUGAUGUCACGUUCGGAAUGACAUUAAAUCAAAUCAUGAGCCUCUCAGCAGUCAGCCAAUCAGCAACG